CAUUCCGUCAACUACUAAGCAAAAUCAUAUACUCGCACAGUCAGCCUCCACCACAAGGUCCAAGCCGGCGCCGAUGCGCCGUGUCAUCUUCCGCUGGGAAUCUGUCUGUUGGAGAUGCCGAACCACACAAUUUGCCGUAGUUGUGUAAACUAGCUGAUCAGUAGCCGGCUCUACUACUAUAAAAGAGAUCAAGUCUCAGGCCAAACUAACUUACUCAGAGAGUCGCAGAUCGAGAGAGCUAACGAUUUCUCAUCUCGCGGUGGCCAUGGCGGGUAGCAGCUACGGCGACGUUCAUGAGUCUGCAAGAAAGUUGGUGGGCAAGGUGGCGCUGAUCACCGGCGGCGCGAGCGGCAUCGGGGAGUGCACGGCGCGGCUGUUCGUGAAGCACGGGGCGCAAGUCGUGGUCGCCGACAUCCAGGACGAGGCGGGGGCGCGACUGUGCGCCGAGCUCGGGAGCGCCACCGCCAGCUACGUGCGGUGCGACGUGACGAGCGAGGACGACGUCGCGGCCGCGGUGGACCACGCCGUGGCGAGGUACGGGAAGCUGGACGUCAUGUUCAACAACGCCGGGAUCGGCGGCGCGGCGUGCCACAGCAUCCUGGAGAGCACCAAGGCCGACUUUGACCGCGUGCUGGCCGUGAACCUGACGGGCCCGUUCCUGGGCACGAAGCACGCGGCGCGGGUGAUGGUGGCCGCGGGGCGCGGCGGGUGCAUCAUCGGGACGGCGAGCCUCGCGUCGGCGGUGGCCGGCACGGCGUCGCACGCGUACACGUGCGCCAAGCGCGCGCUGGUGGGGCUGACGGAGAACGCGGCGGCGGAGCUGGGCCGCCACGGGAUCCGCGUCAACUGCGUGUCGCCCGCCGCGGCGGCGACGCCGCUGGCCACGGGGUACGUGGGCCUGGAGGGGGAGGCGUUCGAGGCCGCCAUGGAGGCCGUGGCCAACCUCAAGGGCGUGCGCCUCCGCGUGGAGGACAUCGCCGCCGCCGUGCUGUUCCUCGCCAGCGACGACGCGCGCUACGUCAGCGGCCACAACCUGCUCAUCGACGGCGGCUGCUCCAUCGUCAACCCGUCCUUUGGCAUCUUCAAGGACUGAGACGAUCGAUCGGCUGGCCAUGCAUUGACAAAGAUCGAUCGACGCUGUCACGUUAGGCUUGUGUCACGAUCGACGCUGUCACAGUUUAUGUUUGACUUAUGUUCUUAAUUUUUUUAAAAAAUAAAUUUUAAAAGGAUGGACGAUUAAAAUUGAACACGAAAAUUUAUAUAUAUGUUUAUUAUGGGACAACGAGAGUACU